GGGGCCAUGGAGAGCGGCGGGGCGCUGAACGGCUCGGCCGCCGCCGGGCGCUUCGCGGCCGCGGGCACGGCGGCGCUGGGAGCGCUCAUGGCCCUGCUCAUCGCCGUCACCGUGGCCGGCAACGCGCUGGUGAUGCUCGCCUUCGUGGCGGACUCCAGCCUGCGCACCCAGAACAACUUCUUCCUCCUCAACCUGGCCAUCUCGGAUUUCCUAGUAGGUGCCUUCUGCAUCCCGCUGUACGUGCCCUAUGUGCUGACGGGGAGAUGGAUCUUCGGGAGAAGCCUCUGCAAACUCUGGCUGGUAGUUGAUUACCUGCUCUGCACCUCUUCGGUCUUCAACAUCGUACUAAUUAGCUAUGACAGAUUCCUCUCGGUGACAAGAGCGGUCGCUUACAGAGCCCAGCAAGGCAACACCAAGCAAGCGGUGCUGAAGAUGGUGAUGGUGUGGGUGUUGGCAUUCCUGCUGUAUGGACCUGCCAUUAUCAGCUGGGAGUACAUAUCGGGCCGCAGCAUCAUCCCCACUGGGGAGUGCUACGCUGAGUUUUUCUACAAUUGGUAUUUUCUCAUGACAGCCUCUACCCUGGAGUUCUUCACCCCUUUCAUCAGUGUAAUGUUUUUCAACCUGAGCAUUUACCUGAACAUACAGAAGCGUACCAAGAUACGCCUGGACGCUUUCCAUGAAGUGCACAACCAGUCCUUCGCUGAAGAGAUGGAAACGAGCCCAGAAGCAAAGCUUUCUUUGAAAUGCUGUAAGUGGGAGCAGAAGGAGUCAGCUGAAACCCCCAACCUCUCUAAGACCAAAGCUCAAGCAACAGCCUCCACUUCCAGCCUGGGUGCCAAAGACCUGCUGUCAACAAGCUCGGAGAGCUCUGGAAAACCCAAGUGUUGCAACAAAAAGAGCUGUAAAAAUUCAGCAUCCACUCCGUCCUUAGAGAAACGGAUGAAGAUCAUGUCCCAGAGCAUAACUCAACGCUUCAGGCUCUCUAGAGACAAGAAAGUGGCCAAAUCCCUGGCAAUCAUCGUGGGCAUUUUUGGGAUUUGCUGGGCACCAUACACUCUCCUGAUGAUCAUCCGUGCUGGCUGCCAUGGCCACUGCAUCUCUGAGUACUGGUACGAGACUUCCUUUUGGCUGCUGUGGAUCAACUCGGCCAUCAACCCUGUCCUGUACCCUCUCUGCCACUACAGCUUCAGAAGGGCUUUUAUUAAACUCCUCUGUCCCAAGAAGCUGAAGAUUCAACCUCACGAUGCCCUUCAGAACUGCUGAAAGGGAAGCCAGCCCUGUGUGAGAAUGAGGAGAGUCUUGGUUUAAUGCUCCAGUAUUGGUGUAGGAAUGCAGCCUCCUUCCUUGGAAGAACCUAGGAGCAGUGGCCUGGGGCAGGUGAGGAAGGCAGCAGUGAGACCACUAUUAAUUUCUUCUGGUUCAUCAACAACAAAAUCCCACAGCAUAGGAGGGUAAAGGGGUUUUUCUUUUUGACGUUAACCACAGACGGUGAAGUCUGUGUCCGCCACUUGCAGAUGCCACAGAAGAGCUCUGCUGCCACCUAGUCAGGCUGAGCAGCACCAGCAUUUUGUUAAAAUAAAGAAAAUUGGAAACUGGAAAAUAAAAGCUAACAAAAUAAUAUCUGACCUUAAACUGUGGCACUAAAUUACAGUUUAGCUGUUUGCAGAUCUGAUUUUUCCCAUAAAUGGGAGUGUUUUUUCUUAAGUUGUCACACGUAUGUGAUGAUAAAGAAAAGCAUGAAGCUCAGAAGGAAAACACCUCAUUUAUCCUUUUUGCUACAGCAGCUGCAGCCAUAAUCUGGAUCCCUCUUCCGUGGGGUGCAAUAGAUGUCCCUUCCACUCCCCAAGAAGUGGGGAAUUUUAGCAAGAUUCAGAACACUUGCAUUCUUCCUUUUAAAAUACAUCACUUGAAUGGAGAUCAACAUAAUCAGUCAAUAUGAGCAUCAAUUCUUUUAAUUUUUUUCAAAGCAGUCAACUCAUUCCACAGACAGAGUUCCAGAUUCAGGAGACCAGGGGCUCUAGCCUUGGGUUUUAACGUAAAAUCUUGGGCAUUUUAUCUCUGCUUCCCAUCUCAUGCUUCAUCACACCUGCCUGUGUGUUCUGUAACCUCUUUGGGCAGAGAGUAUGACUGAAAAGCAGACGAAUUCCACUGCCCACCUCUGUUGGCACUGCUCAGUGAUGUGGUAACACAAACAUGUAAUUAGUUGCCAUGACAAAUGCUCAUUUUUAACAGUAUAGCACAGGGAAAGCUCAAGAUCAUAAGUCUGAAAACCACAUUUACAAAUAGAGGCCCAAAUGCUGUAAAGUAGUACCCAAAAGCUUACGAUGUUGUGAUCGCCAAUUACACCCUGCUGUUGCAAGCAAACUGCUUUUUGGCUGCUGCUAGGAGUAAAAAAGAAAAUGCCAUCCAACUGUAUCACAAUGAUAUUUGUUAAGUAGAUCAGUAUUGUCAUCUGAAGUCAGGAUUUAAAUGAUGUCUUGUCUUGUGUAUAUGAUAUUUCAGUCUUGUGACAUGUUCUGUCAGUCUGUUUAUAUAUGGGUUAAAAUAUACCCUUUGAAAUACAUGUACUAUGAAUUGACAGGAUGUACUGUUGAGCCUGCUCGUACCUUUCCCUGUGUCUGUUCCCUUCUGAAAACCCUAAUAAAGUAUUUUUAUAUGAAG